UACAGCGCCAUCUAUUCUUUCUCUUUUUCUAUAUCUGUCAUCUUUUGUCAUUAUCAGCUGUUUGUCAUUGCAUUGUUAUUUCUUUUUCUUUUAUCAAACAAUUAGUGAAAAUUUAAAACCCAUUUUUUUUGUGAACAAUUAUUGGAUUAUUUACUGAAAAAUAAUGGACAUGGUAAUUUCAACUUUACAACAGCAAAGACAAGUAACAGAGCAACUUCGUCGUGAAGCUGCAAUUAAACGAAUAACAGUGAGCAAAGCUUGCGAGGACAUAAUGAAAUAUAUUACCGAACAUGAACAGGAAGAUUGUUUGCUUGUGGGAUUUUCCUCACAAAAAUCAAAUCCCUUUCGUGAAAAAAGUUCCUGUAUUCUUCUCUAGUCAAUGUUUAAUGUGUUCAUUUUAAUUGACUAAAAAAAUUUUUUUUCUUUAUUUCUUCUUCAUCUAAUAAUAUUGAAUCUCGAAGAAAAAAAAAAUUAUUUAUUUUCCCACAAAUAACUUGCAACAAUUUUCUAUUUCUUUCUCUUUUUGUUUCUAAUUUGUGUUUAUAUAUCUAUAUAUUUAUCACAAAUUUUUACACAAUUUUUAGAAAAUAAUUUUUUUGAAGAAAAAACAAUUUAUUUAUUUUUUUUGUAAAUUGUACUGAAAAAAAGUGUAAAAAAUUUACUUUCUUCUUUUGAUAUGGAUUUUUUUUUAUGGAAUUAUACAAAAUAGAUUUUUGUACAUUUUCAAAAUUGAAAAAACACAAAAAUCAAGAAAAUCAACGUUAUAAAUAAAUAAAAGAAAAAUGUGCCUUGAAAGGAAAAUGGAAUAAUUGUUAAGUAAAUAAUAAUUAUUAUUUUUACAUAAAUAUGUAUAAGAAAAAUAUCGCCAAACUGAUUUUGUAAGAAAAAAAAAUAAAUAAAUAACGAAAUAUUUUGAAAUAUAGAUUUAUCAAAACUA